AAGCCCCAGUCCGCUUGUUCACCAGAGCCCCUGAUGGUGGGGAUGGGCUUGGAGCGGACAGUGACCAGGUCGCGACUACCGGGUAUACCCACCAGUGGUAGAGGAGUCUGCCAGAGGAUCCCGCAGAGUAAGAGUCUGAUGUGAGGGGACCGGGGGUCCCAGUGAGUGAGAUGGAUGGAUGGACGGAUGGAUGAGCUAAAACUAGGUCAGACAAGCCGAGUCGGUAGGCGGGGGGUCGGUGCGGUACAAAGCAGCAGGCAAAGAAUGGUCGGGUCACACGCCAGGUCAGUAACAGGAGAUCAGAUCUAAAUAGGGACAU